CUUGGUCAGCAUUAACGUCUAAAAUGAUUUAGAAUGCGUCUCCUGGUUCUGGUGGUGUUAGUCUGCGCUGCAGUUAUGGCGGAGGGCAGACGGGGGCGGAACAAAAAGGAGCGGAAGGAGCGUGUCUGGCAUGUUGCUACGGCGGAGGAGGAGUGUGGGAAAUCGGUGCAGAUGAAUGAAGGUCAUCCAACUGAUCUGUGCACAGAGGUUGAUAAGGAAGUAUGUAUCUGCUCCAGUAAAGACGAGACUACAUGGAAGUAUGUGUGUGGGAAGUGUAGCUUGAAAUGGAACUCCGAAGAGAAAGAAGAGGAAAACAAGGAAGGAGGAGAGAAGAAGAAUAAAAAAAAGGUGAUCAAAGAGAAUGUGAAUAAGAGACAGAAACUUCGAUCCAAGCUCAAGGAGAAAGCCAAGAAGGGAAAGAAAAAUGAGAAACAGCACAAGAAAAGUAAAAAUACUCACGAGGAAGCUGAUCCACAGAUCGCAGCUUUGCUGAAUCCGACUGCAUCUACCUAGUAAUCCAAACCAAAUAUUGUCAAAUAAAUGUCGUCGUUGAUUAUUCAUUCCUUAGGAGAAUAGUUUUUCUCCAUUAGAAAUUUUUAAGUUUAAAUAAAUCUUGAUUUUGUU